GCAGGCAUGUGGCACUGUUUUACAACGGCAACUAUUUGAUCCAUACCAACCACGUGGUUCGGCCAGCAGACGUGAAUCAGAGAGUAAGCAGACGAUUUCCUGUGGUUUCCCGCGCUAACAGGAAUCUCAUUUUCUUGGCAGCUAGUGAACAGCGAAGAUGGUCGCACUGUGGCCAGUGGUUAUCCUGGCGGGAUUCUUCCCUUUUCUCGAAUCCAAGACACUGACAACUCUCGAGAAGACGAAUUUGAAUAGGUUUUUGGGUGAAGUUGCUCGAUGUGCUCGCGUGCCUGCUAUUUCGAUGUCCUUGGUGAGAGAUGGACAAAUUGUAUACACGAAUGGCUUUGGCACUGCCAACAAACAGAGGCAGGUUUCGGCCUCUUCCAAGACAGUGUUCUGCCUAGGAGACAUCACCCAGACAUUCACUGCAACACUUUUGGCAAAGCUGCUCGAUGAACAUCAAAACUUCACAUGGGACACACCUGUGCAGGAGAUCAUCGGUGCAGCCAUCAACUUCGGCGACCGCUACCGCAACGACUACCUCAGCCUGAGAGACAUCGUCUCCAUGAGGACCGGUCUCAGCAACAUGGACGCCGUUGUCCUUGCCAACGCCAUGGACCGAAGCCGCCUCAUCUCCAAACUGAGGUUCGCACCCAAGGUGGCCACGUUCCGGGAGAGAUAUGUCUACAACAACCUGCUGUUUGCCGUGGCUGAGGAGGUGUCCCGCAGCCUGGGACAGGACACGUGGUACAAGCUGGUGCAGGACCACCUCCUGGCGCCCCUCGGUAUGACAGACACGUUCUUCAUCACCAAGGAUGUCCAACAGGAGGAGAAUCUGGCCCAGCCCGUCAUGAGCUACAACGGAGUCCCUAUGCCGAUCCCAAUGGAAGCUAUGAAAGGUCAAGAAAUCGUCGCUGCAGGGUCGUCCAUUUGUUCAACAGCAGACGACAUGGCCAAAUGGCUUCAGUUUAACUUGAACAAGGGAGGGACGCAAGGUGGCGGCCAGAUCCUUUCCAGAGAAGCCCUGAUGGAGCUGUUCCGGGGGCAGACGACACGAUCUGAUGCUGGGAACGCGAUGGUGGAGGGCUUCAGUCAGCCAGACGUUCAAGUGUCUUACACAAGGGAGGCCAACACGCUGGGCUGGAUUAAAGGACACUAUCGGGGCUUCACUGUACUGUCCCAAGAUGGCACCCUCCCCUGGGUAUGAGAGUCUUACCAGCUUCAUCCCCGACCGCGACGUGGGCGUCUUCACCGCCUUCACAGGCGACAACGGCCCCAAAACCUUUGCUGCCAAAACACUGAUGAACACCUAUGCUCUGGACAUGCUGAUCCACGGCCAGCCAUCCUUCCACCUCAAAGACUUCUGCCAGACCCUUGAUGCCAUGUUUACCAUUGUCGUGAAGAACAAUCCCUACGUGAACCGUGAAAUCAAACCAGCGUCCGAAUCGAAACGCCCUCUCGAAGACUACCAGUCAUUUUAUCGGAACCUGGCCUUCGGGGACAUCAAGGUCUGGGUCAACGAGUCCCUAUAUCUGAAAUAUGGCGAUAUGGGGGAAUAUCAUCUUCGACCAACAGAGCAGGAGAAUGUAUUUCAGAUGGAGGCGAUGCCUGGAGAUCUUUGGUAUACCACCCACGUCGAUAUUCUCCGAAGGAAGCCGUAUUAUGCGUACUUUGACACAACUCCUUACAGCGAUGACCAUAUCGAGGUGGUGAAGAUCCCUCAUUUUGACAAGGACACUGAUCCAGUGUUUAGUAGGCGGGUGCGAGUCCCACCUCCUUACGACGAGGUGCGGGAAAUUUGCGGUUCCAGUGGCAGAGUCGCUGUAUCUUGGUCCAUUGUUGUUUUAAGCAUCCUGAUGAUGCUGCGGUGAUGAAAGUUCGAUCGAGUUUUACCAGAUGAGCAAAUCUUAGACUCCUGACAGACUUCAAUUAUGAUGUUUAGGUGUAAAUAAUUAUAUUUGGAUUGGUUAAAAUUAUUUAUAAUGAGGUUUAUUUAUAAUAAAUACCAUAACAAAUCAGACUUUAUCAUUUGCAAACCUCUAUUUUUUUAAAAACCCUCUAUAACUUAUAUAAAAUUGGUGUGUUGGUUAUACGAAACCGCACAUAUUUAUUUUCAUGGAAACAUCGCGAUCCAUUCAUGAUGGCGUUAUAUUCCAAUACAAGUCUUUAGCAUAUUUUUAAAAGAUUUGCUGAUCCUUUUAUUUUUUGUAUAUUUUGCAUGAUACAUUAAACUGUUGUUGAGUUGUGUGUCCCUUAGGAAUAUGCUUCCAUGUUUUCAAUACUAAUCCACAUAUUCUUACUGUACGACUAUAUGUGUCACGUGACAUUGCUCCCGAGUUAUGAUUGGAUUGUCCUUGACCUAAUUGGUGAUGCAAUCACGUGGCACAUUGUCUCUUCCAAAUAUGUCAAGUGUAAAUAUUUUUUUAAAAAUGAAGAACUACGUGACCAUCAGCUGGAGGCAUUGAGAUUAUUUAUUUCUAAUGUAUUUCAAAACACUUUCAGCGAAUUGUGUAAUUAACCAAAUGUUACAUAUCAAAUUCGGACUUAAAGCUAUAUAGUCUUUCAGUGUACAUACAUUUUUUCAAAUAUUUAAAUGUAAAAAUCCUUUAAUCGAUUUUCGCAUGUUCCCUAUAUGUGAGAUCUGUUUGAUUGCAAUUAGGUAAAAUUACAUACAUUGAUAUUAUAGAUAACUUUUGAGAAAGGUUUAGUUCAGAGAUGUGGUUAGAAUUUGCAGCUGAUCUGUCUUAAUGUUCAGUUGGAAUUGUUUGAAAUAAAUGUUUUUUGUUUUUUUAGUUGGA